AUGCUUCGAGAGGUCGGACCGCGACAGGCGGAGCCGCGAGAGGCGGAGUCGCGCGAGUCGCGAAUAAAGGCUAGAGUGGUUUCGGGGAAAGCCACAAGCGCAAGUGGCAGUGGGCAUAACAGUGGGGUAGGAAUUAACGGCGGGGAGCGCGCCGCGAUUCGCGGCGAGAUUCGUGGGGUGCAGGAAGAGCGGGUGGAUGGGAGGGAGGAGGUGACGUUGGGUUCAAUCACCAUGGCAGUUGCUGACGUCAACAGCGACCCCACCAUCCUGCCACGUCAGCGCAUCCGCCUGAUCACCGGCAACAUCAGCGCCAGCACGCCAUCCAUGCUCAGCCAGUUGGCAGGAUUUUCCCCCUCCUCUCCUUCCCGUUCCUCCCCCUCUGCCCCUGCAGCCAUGGCAACAGUGCAGCAGCGGCCAGUGGCAAUCAUAGGCCCGGGGACGUCCGACCAAGCAGCUCUCAUUAGCCCACUUGCCACUGCCACUCAGACUCCCUUAGUGUCCGCGGCAGCAACAGACGUGCAGCUCACAGUGGGGGGUGCUCGGCCGUUCUUCAUGCGGACCAUUCCCAACGAUGGUGUUGACAUGCAAGCCAUAGCCGCGCUGCUGCUACGCUACAAGUGGAGGCAGUUUGUGGCAGUCUACACGGACAACCGCUUCGGCCGCAACGGCAUCACGGCGCUCAUGACUUACCUGCUCGAAAAAAAGGCGUCGUAUGUGCACAUUGCCCAAAGGGUGCCUGUCAAGUCCACGUGGACAUCUGAUGACGUGGCACAGGCCCUGGCUGCCAGCAAGGCAGUGGACUCCUCCGUCUAUGUGCUGCACGCAUCCUCUACCAUGUCUGCUCUCAUACUCGAUACAGCGAGCAAGCUGGGCAUGAUAGGCAAGAACUACGUGUGGAUCGCAUCGGAGGGGGCUGCUCAGGCCAACACGUCCACACUGCAGAGUGCAGAGGGUCUGAUAAUCACAGCGUCGUAUCACCCGCCAUCCCAACGCCUGUCAGCCUUCAAGCAGCGGUGGAAGCAGCUGAGCGAUCAGCAGUUCCCAGGGGCGGCUGAGGAGGACCCUAAGACCUACAGCCUCGCAGCCUACGACGCUGUUUACCUCGUCUCCCUCGCCCUGCACUCCCUGCUGCAACACACCAGCAGUAGCAGCAGCAGCAGCAGCAGCAGCGGCAGCACCAGCAGCACCAGCAGCAAUGGCAGCAGCAGCAGCACGGGAGCACACUUUUUUGCGAUGUCUGCUGUUGCAAGUAACAGUGCCUUGAUACUGCCGGUGGCAGGGCAAGGGGCGGAGGCAGGUGGUGGGCUCGUUCCGCUGCUGCAGAACCUGCAGCGCAACCCAGUGGGCUCUGCACUCCGUCGAGCCAUCCUCAACACAACCUUCGAAGGCCUCACAGGAAGGGUCUCCCUCAACCCACACGGUGAUCUGCAAGCCGAUGCCACGGAGGUGCUCAAUGUGGUGAAUGCCACGGCCAUGCGGGUUGGCUUCUGGACUCCUGCUUGGCAGCUCACGCCCUCUUUGAAGCAGCCAUCCAAGAACCAGCAAGAGGCACUCAACAUAGUGUUUCCGGGUGGGGUGACACAAGUACCCAUAGGCGCAUUUCCCAAGACGAAACUUCGAUUAGCUGUUCCAAAUAAAGUGGUCUACAAGCAGUUUGUCAACAUCUCCAAGGGAGAGGGCAACGGGCGCUUCUCAGGGUUCUGCAUCGACGUCUUCCACGCAGCUGUGGCCAUGCUGCCGUACCCACUCGACUUCGAGUUUGUGCAGUACGGGCAGGAUAACGUCUCCCCCAGCUACACCGAACUGGUGCUGGCUGUAGCAGCCAAGACGUAUGACGGGGCUAUUGGGGAUAUCACAGUCACAGAGACCCGCAAUAGAGCAGCCUUUUUCACAUACCCCAUAUUCCCAUCAGGCCUGGGGAUAAUGGGCUACGCAGUGGAAAACUCGAGUCCGUGGCUGGCGUUCCAGCCGUUCACAGUGAGCAUGUGGGGCGUGACAAUGGCGCUGUGUCUACUGGCGGGCCUCAUCACCUCGUUCCUGGAGCAGCAGUCAAACGAGGCCUUCCGAGGGAAGCUGCACCAGUGCCUGCAGAACGCCGCGUGGUUCGGCCUGCAAACCCUCUACGCCAUCCUGGAGUAUCCCGUCCGCACCUCCCUCGCCCGGCUCUUCGUCAUCGUGUUUCUCAUCAUCGGCUUCCUUAUAGUCACCAUGUACACUGCCAAUCUCACGUCUAUUGUCACAGUCAACCGGCUCAAGCCCUCCGCAAUGGACAUUGGUUCCGCCGCCUCGACCUCAUCCCCCAUUGGCUACCAGCUGGGGUCAUUCAUCAACGCGUACCUGCUACAGAUGGGCAUCCCUGCGAACCGCCUGGUGGCACUGAAUAACGAGGAUGAGUAUGCAGAGGCGCUGACCUCGGGCCGUGUGGGGGUGAUAGUGGAUGAGAGCCCCUACCUGCAGCUCUUCUCCCUCGACUUCUGCGAUGUUGCCUUGGCGCCUCAGCCCUUCUCCCUCCUCAACCUCGCAUUUGCCUUCCCCAAGCGCUCGCAGCUGGGCCUAGACACAUUACAGGCGAUAAUGCAGCUGUCAAUGUCAGGCCACCUGCAGCAGCUUCACCAACCCUUUUUUAACGCGCAUCAAUACCCCCCCCCUCCCCUUUUCCCCCUCCCCCCUCCUCACCCCACCCAUUCCGUCCCCUUCCCACAGGCCUUCCCAAAGGGCUCGCAGCUGGGACUAGACGUAUCGCAGGCGAUAGUGCAGCUGACAAUGUCAGGCGAGCUACAGAAGCUGCGGGAGAAACACUUCAGCGGGAUCAACGGCUCCUGCACCCAACCCAGCAGCAGCAGCAGCGACAGCAGCAGCUAUGGCAUAUCCUCCUCCUCCUCUUCUGGGAUUUCCUCGCUGGCGGCAGACUCGGCAGUGCAGCUGUCAAUGCAGAAGUUCCUCGGGCUCUACAUCAUAUUUGGCUCCGUCUCGCUGGGCUGCUGCCUGCUCUACGUGUUGCUCCUCAUCCACCGCGGCUACCGAGCCAGCAGGUACGGACGAGGUAGCAGGUAUGGUCAAAAGUUUGCUGACUGGCACAGGCAUCCCAAUCCAAGCACGCCCUAG